GGUGAGCAUUGAUUUUGUACUGACAAGAUGAAAUCCUCGAACCAGGCAGGCCGAGGUAGCUUUUGCCAACACCCGACACCUAUGGUGCCGACAUGAGGCCAGUUUGUCUGUCAGGGACAGAGUUUACACUGAGGCGGUGUGAUCCAUACUGCUUUAUGAAUCAAGGAUAUGGCCUCUGCGCACAGAGGACAUACGAAAGAGGCCAGUGUCUCCGAAGCAGUGACCGGGUCUGGUGAGAAUAUCGGAUUAGAAGUGCUACGCCAUAUGAUCCUAGGAAGAAGGAAAUACCCCCGAGAUGAUAUACGCACUCUUCUUAGGUUGCGUUGGUUAGGCUAUGCACUGCGCAUGCCAGAAGACCGUCUGCCUCGCAGAGUCCUAUUCACUCAGCCCUGUUGUGGGUAAAAGCGACCCAUAAGUGAACAAUUUGUGGCCUGGCGACGAAGUAUAGAAACGCCAAUCAGUAAACUUAGUCGGUUCGACAAUUUCCGUCUCCCUUAGUGGGUACCCAGGGGUCUCUGCUCAUUAAUGGCAGAAAUAGCCCAACCGCACAGUCCAUGUCGCUCUAGCAUCAAAGCUAUCAUCUUCAAUGCACAGAUGCCCAGUUGCCGAACUAGCUGAGCACGGCCGCGGCUCUAAUGUUUGGGUUUAUGUUCCACAUACUCCCUGAUUUCCGGUGAUCGAAACCUCAGCAGCUGGAACAAAUGUACCAUUGUUACAUAGCUUAUAGCUGAUGGAUUGAUUGAUCGGGCGUUUUGGAUAAGGCCCUCUUCAUCAGUACGGCCGCUCUAUCCUGGUCUUGAUCUACUGUUUGGACGAACCGAAACAUCUUCCCAUUUCGGCCGUGCUUCUAUAUGACGAGCACCAUUUUUUCACAAGUAGAGAAGUAUGGACAUUAGGUAACAUGGUGAUUGGAUUAUGUUCAGCUAUAAAGGAGCCGGAAUGUUCAAAAACAAGUUUUGGCGUACCGCCUACCUCCGGCUAACUCUGGUGUGUAUUCCUGUUGCGAUUUGCUGGACUUGACAGCUGGACUUACGCACAAAUGGGUACUCUCAUGGUUUAUGUUUGAUUCACCAACUCACAAGCUUUACGACCAUACUUGACCUUCAAGUUCUGGUCCAGUUCCCCAACCAACAUUAUGGACACCUAAAAGUGUUUUGAGCUCUGUUAGUCGAUGGAAGCUCAGUUUUGCAACGGUUGGCCUGGAUGACAUAUUCAGGGUUUUUGACAAAUACUUCAUAAGAUAAAAUGUUCCUUACCAUCAAAGCUGAUGUGAAGGUCGUUCAUUUCAGUCUAAAUUCGUCAUCGGACAUUGUUGAGCUAAUCUAUAGCUGUUAACGAUUGCUAACCUAAGGCGAAUCCUCUCUAAUCCUACCCCAUCAUAAGCUAGGUUAUCCCGCUAAGGUGAGCCUGACAAUACAAUCAGGAUGGUUUCUUCUGUUUUUGGAUAUCGAAUACAUUUUGUUGAAAGCAUUACCAACAAGAUGAGAGUUGAUUCUUCCACUGUUGGAUGGCGUUCGACCUCAGGCAUGAGACGGUGGAUCAAUACACGAAAGUUGGUUUGUUCGGGGAAUUUUUGGGCUACAGCAUUGUUUUAGGUAAUGCUAUUUAUCUGACGGAAGGUCUCAGGACAAGCAGACGAACAUCCAACGAUGGCUAAACAGUGAAAGAAGAACGGUUUCACAAUCCCGGAAGGUGACGGUGAUAACAUGCUUCAAGUAAUUAGAUUCCUCAAACAAACCCCCUCCCUUUAGGGCCCUAGUAACCUCACAGAGCACCAGAAUUGUAUUCCAAACCGGUUGAAAUAGGGAGAAUAUAAUUAAUGAACAGACAUGGCAGGUCCCUCAAAACAACGAGCAACUGACUUAUGGUUACCACAAACCUGUUGGUUUAAUUGGCCUCCGCCGAAAGAUCCCCCAGGAAGGACCACUUUGAUCGGGUCUCAAAUGUAGACUCUUUUACGGAAGAACCUGUAUAAUUACCAACAUCCGUCCGGUCGUUUUCUUGUGAAAUGUAAGUAUAAUAACUUUAUAUGUUUGACAUGCAUAUCCUUUGUGAAGGAAACCGGGGCAUUUAUUUACUACCCGAGUUGAACUACACUCUUCUUCAUGCUGUCGGUCUUUUAUCGGUGUUCUAAUGUUAUUGGCAAUCAACCUGUUUCUCUGAUACUUACUGGCUCCCCUCGACAGUGGGCACUUUACAGGGACACGUGAACGAAUUUCAAUGAGUGGACUAAAUUUACGCUCUGUAACCAAUCUUCUGAAGGUAUUCUCAAGUGGAAUCUCAUCCUCCGUAUAUUCCAUCUGGAUGAAAACAAUAUUUCUCUUAUCAGUUCUCAAUGGGUCGUUCUGAUCAUCAUAGGAAAAAGCAUCCUGGCACUAACAGCAAGUCGCGCUGUGAAUCUAGCUCAUCCAAACGCGCGCGUUUGACGACAAUAAAGACAGAAGAUGAUGACUCAAACAUGUCUGGGUCAGUGGGUAUGAGUGAAUCCGGAGAUGAUCGAGCGGGCGAAUACGAAGACGAGUUGGAUGACGAUUCUCAAAUGGGCGCGAAAAAUUACGACGGGGAUGACGACGACGAGGAAGCGGAUGAAUACGAAUCCGGAUUAGUUGAUGCAGAUGAAGCGCGAGUGUUGUCUAGGGCGCGGCCAAAGGGUUUAAAGGUAGAAGCAGAUCGUGCAACCACCUCAGCUAUCAAACAAACUAAUGGUGUGAUGUGCACACCGCGAGACGAGUUCGGUGCUAAAGACAUGCGUAAUAUCCUCUCUUUGCGUCCGGACCAUCCUUGUAGGCCCUUAUGGGUUGGACCAGAUGGACAUAUCUUUCUCGAAGCAUUCGGCCCUUUGUCUCGCCAGGCACAGGAUUUCCUCGUUGCUAUUGCGGAGCCAGUUUGUAGACCAACCCAUAUACACGAGUACAAGCUAACGUCUUACAGUCUUUAUGCCGCUGUUUCUGUGGGGCUGCGGACUGGCGAAAUUAUUGGCUGCCUUCGCCGUUUGUGUAAAACUGAUUUACCUCCAGGCAUUGUGGCUUAUAUUCGCAGUUGCACUCUGUCUUAUGGAAAAGCCAAACUAGUGCUCAAGGGUGGCCGUUACUUUGUAGAAAGUCCCCAUCGCCGAUUCCUUCAACAGCUCGCCAAUGAUUCUAUCGUGCGUCAAUGCCUUAUCCGGACUGGUGGUCAGACUGAUAGUGAGACUGCCGCUGAUACAGUUGUUCUGUAUAAUGCCGCAGAUCUGACACAGCCGGAUACAUUAAGUGUGCUCACAUCUAAUGAGCCUGCCGAAUCUGUCGAAGUCUGUGGCGCAGCUCCGGAAGUCUUACAUUUAUAUGCUCAGUUAGAUGCAGAGGAAGAGGUUAAAGCUGAAAGGUCUGAAUAUUCCAUGCAAAAAGGUGGCAAAGAUGGUUUUCUUGACAUCACAGAUAUCAAUUUGGAUCUGAAAGCGAUCGGCUUGGAGUCAGAAGCAGCCGAUAAGGAGGGUGAUGACGACGAUGAGACAGACCUAGACGGUUUAAAUCCAUCAGUUGCUCGAUCGGCUUCGGGUGAUCGAUCGACUCUGUUAGCGAUGGAGGUGAAUCAAGACCAGAUUGAACUGCUGCAACGUCGAUGCAUUGAACUUGAAGUGCCCUUGUUGGCGGAGUAUGACUUCCGGCAAGACAAGAUCAAUAAGGACAUUGCGAUCGAUUUGAAAGCAAGCACAAGCUUGCGACCGUAUCAGGAAAGAAGCUUGCGUAAAAUGUUCGGGAACGGACGGGCCCGGUCCGGCGUCAUUGUGCUUCCUUGUGGUGCUGGGAAAACACUGGUUGGGGUUACAGCUGCUUGUACGAUUCGCAAACCGACCUUUGUCCUUGGCACUAGUGGCGUGGCGGUUGAACAGUGGCGUUCUCAGUUUCGUUUGUGGUCGACAAUUGAGGAUAGCCAAAUUUUACGCUUCACGAGUGAUGCAAAGGAUCGUCCGUCAUCCAGUGCGUGUGUUUGUAUCAGUACAUACACAAUGAUUGCUCAUUCCACCAAAAGGUCGUACGAGGCCGACCGAAUGAUGGAGUGGAUCAAGGGGCAAGAGUGGGGUUUGAUGAUUCUGGAUGAGGUACACACUAUUCCGGCCAAAAUGUUUCGACGUGUGCUCACGAUUGUUCAGGCUCAUUGUAAACUCGGCCUGACGGCGACACUGGUGCGUGAGGAUGACAAGAUCACCGACCUAAAUUUUCUCAUCGGACCAAAGUUGUAUGAAGCCAAUUGGUUGGAACUGCAGCAGCGUGGUUUCAUCGCUCGAGUCCAGUGUGCCGAAGUCUGGUGCCCUGUGACACCCGAGUUUUAUCGAGAGUAUUUGAACAUGAAGUCAAUGAAGAAACUUUUGUUGGCCGUAAUGAAUCCUAACAAGUUCCGUGCAUGCGAGUUCUUGAUCCGCUACCACGAGCGUCGAAAUGAUAAAAUUAUCGUUUUUUCGGAUAACGUUUUCGCCCUCAAAUACUAUGCGAUGAAAAUGGGUCGGCCCUAUUUGUAUGGGCCCACAAGUCAGGCUGAGAGGAUGCAGGUUUUGCAGAACUUUCAACACAAUCCUAACGUCCCAGCUAUAUUCGUGUCAAAGGUGGCAGAUAACUCAUUUGAUCUACCAGAAGCCACUGUACUCAUCCAGAUCAGUGCUCACGGAGGUAGUCGACGACAAGAAGCGCAGCGAUUGGGGCGAAUUUUACGGGCUAAACGUGGCAUGGAUGCGGAGGCUUACAACGCCUUCUUCUACUCACUUGUAUCUCAGGACACCAUGGAAAUGCAGUACGCACUGAAACGCCAGAGAUUUUUGGUCAACCAAGGUUAUGCUUACAAAGUAAUUACUCGUCUCGCUGGAAUGGAGAAUGAGCCCUUGAAACUAAGCACGAAACAAGAACAGGCUGAAUUGCUUCACCGCGUUCUGGCCAGCACUGAGGAGGACGCGAUGGAAGAACGGCUACCCACCGAUCCGGACGAUGUCACUGGCCUGAAGCGUACCGCUUCCGUGGGAUCUGCUGUCCGAAAAGCGAGUCGAAUGGCUAGUCUCUCUGGUGCAGACGAUGCCAUCUAUAUGGACACAAGUUCCGCUGCCUCCCGCAAGGAUAAGUCAAAAGAAAGACAUCCGUUAUUCCGUCUUUUUCGACGGUAACUAUGGCUCAUGUAAAUACUUUCAAAAAACUUUUAUAGCACAGAACCGGCGACUUUUCACUGUACGUCCUUCUAUUAUGGUAGUCAAUUCGUU